GUCAAACCAAAAUGGCGGACUGCGAAUAGCAGAAAAAUUUAGAAGACGAGUAAACUUCAAUUUUUGUACUUUUUCGCAAUUUUUGUUCAGUUUUGUAGUCGGGGACUGAAAAAGGACAUUCCAAAGGAUCGUCAUGGCGUUUGGUGCGCUGACGGAAGAAGAGCAAAGUCUGCAAAAGAAGUACGCAUUGCUGCGGAAGAAGAAGAAAGCUUUAGCUGCAAAGCAGAAGGCAGAGGCACAGCAGCAAACUAGUGUGAAAAGAGCUGCUUCAGAAGACCAGAAGAUAGAGGCUCCGGUCAAUGCCGAGGAAGCCACAGAGAGAGCCAAGAAACUCAUCAAAACUGGGGCCAUCAAGGUAAAAACUGAAAACAAAGACACAGGCUUCAAAAGGGUCAGGAAGAUGAAGGAACUGGAGAAGCCCACAGAGAAGCCUGUACAGUUCCAGCCCUUCAGUGCUGCACACCCUGAGAGUGAGGAUACAGCAUCUCCAUCGCCGGAGACGCUGGCCUUGCCAGUGGAGCCGGGUGUGAUCAUCACCGAGGCCCUGCUGGCGAUCCUAGGGAACGUGCUGGUGGUCCUGUCCUCCGGGUGGCGGCAGACGUUCCCCCCAGCCGGCCGACACUUCGUCUUCUCCAUGGCGUGCUCCGACCUGCUGCUGGGGGUGUCGUUCGCCGUGUCCAUAGCCCCUGCCGAAGCCGGGCGGUGGAUCUACGCCGACUACUGGGCCAAAAUCAUCGCGACGGCAGAGUGCUCGUUUCACACACUCACAGCCAUAGCCCUGGCCGGCCUGAACCUCGACCGACACUACGUCCUGAGCAGUGGCUGUGGGCUCUCCGGGCGGAAGUCGAAGCUGUUCAUGUUCGUCGCCUGGAUCGGCGUCCUGUCCUGGUACACCUUCGCCGCCGUGUACGGCGUGCCAGUGGAGUACGACCCGCUCAUCGCACGGCCCGUCUUCGACCUCAACACGUUCGUAUGGUUUAGUGUUGUCUCCUUUGUCCUGUUCUUCACCGCCGGUACCGCCGCGCUCUUUUGUGUCAUCCUCGUCCUCAAAGCGCUGUGCGGCCACCAAGACGCGCCGCCUGCACAGCCCAGCGUGUUCCACAUCAACCUGGCGCCCGUCGCUCCCCCGGUCCCUGCCGCGCCGCAGCCAGCCCAGAACGGCGGCGACGAGGCCCUCGACAGAAGGUACGCCAAGGUGGUGCUGCUGUUGACCAUCGGCCAGCUCCUCCUGUACCUGCCCUACUCCUGUGCGCUCCUGCUCCGCGAGUUCACGGACGUCCCCGUCCCCCCGGCCUUCACCUUCUGGUCGUACUGGGUGACGUGCUUCAACACGUGCCUGGACGUGGUGGUGUACAGCUUCCUGCAGCAGUCCUUCCGCAACGCCCUGUCGGACAUCGCCGUGUCGGUCAUCUGCGGCGUCUACAACGUGUGCUGCAGAAAGAACCGCGUGGAACCUGGCGCAGAUGUGGGCACAGACCUGAACAGCCUGUAA